AUGGGCUAUGUGGAUGGUUCUGUUUCACCACAAGUCAUCUCUCUUAUUGCCUCUGCUAAGACUUCCAAAAAGGCUUGGGACAAGCUGCUCUAUCUAUUUGCUAGCAAAGCACGUGCUCAUGUUCUUGGUCUCAAGGAACGCCUUACUCUAAUGCGUCAUGAGAAUAAGCCCGUCUCUCAGUACUUGCAAGAUGUUAAGGUUAUCUCCGGUGAACUUGUCAUCAUCGACGUCCCUCUUUUCGUUGAUGAUCUUCUCCUUUAUAGUCUUAAUGGUGUUGGUUCUGAAUUUAAGGAGAUCGCUGCUAUCGUUCGUUCCUGUGACUCCUCUACUUCAUUUGAAAAUCUUCAUGAUAUGUUGGUUGAACAUGAAACUGCUCUCACGUGUGCCGACAUUGCUAUUGCCGGACCUGUCAUCACUGCCAAUGUCACUCAAAGCUCCUAG